CCACUGCCCUCUGCCUGUAGCUCAGCAGCUGGCGGAUCUGGCGAGAUAAACUGGAUCCCAGCUCUUUAUCACCUUGGCCCCCCCUCUGUUGACUGACAGCUUGUUACUGUGUCUUCAUUCCUUGCCUCACACAGCCUCCGGAGCAGUGGUUCCCAACCUCAGCCAGCUCGGGAGUCCCAGGAGGGCUGGCGACAACUCAGAUGCUGCCUCCGCCCAGAGCUGCUGCCCACGGAGCCGGCGAACACUUGCUUCUCUAAGGAAUUCCCGGCAUUUCUGAAGCUGCAGGUCCCAGGACGACACUUUCAGAGCCGCCCCUGGAGGAAGUGAGGUCCGCGCUGCAGAAAGGACCCCUUACAGGCGAAGGCGCACUUUGAGUCAAUGAAUGGGGGGAUGAAAACGAGCCGGAGGACAGUGAAUACAAUGAAGGACAGAGGAAGGACACUCGCGUUCACCAGACCCCAUCUUGGGCCCGGCACCGACCCGGUGGCGCCCCAGGGAGUCUGGGCUUGGUCCUUACCCGACCCAGCGGCCCACAGGCCCCGCCCCGCAGCCCUCCUCCGCGGCUUUUGUGACGUCACGACCCCAGGGGUCAGGAGAAUGGUUGCUGUGGCAACGUAAACCGAAGGCCGGCGCGCUCUGAGCCUUGGAACCGCGGCGCGGAAGCUUCGGAUCAAGCCGGGUGCGCGAGGCUGGUUGGAACCUCCUCUAGCCGAGGUCCGGUUUUGCAGCAAGCCCUUGUCCUCUGCAGGGACGUCCAAGGUCCUGUCUACUAUGGUCUCCAAGGUCAUGGCGAACACCAAGAACCACCUGGACUCCACAGACGAGAGCUCUCCUUCAGUCAUUGAAGAAAAGAAAAAGAAACAUAAGAAAAAAGGCAAAGUGUCUGUGGUUGUUCCGGACCGUUCAGCUAAUCCUUUCCAUUUGUCUGGGAACGUGGAUUUCUUCCUGCUCAGAGAUCAGGAGCGGGAUAAGUUUCACGCAGAGCGGCAGAAGAAGAAGAUGCUGCGGUUGCACCAGAAGAUGACCUACUCAUCCAAAGUGUUGGCCAAGCACACCAGCCUGCUGCAUGAGCUGCAGCUGCAGGACCGGGCUGAUGAACAGGACGCGCGUGCCCUGGCCGAGGCCCAGCAGAUGAGCGCCUUCCAGGAGGACCACCCCUCCUGGAAGCUGGCCAUGACCAAAGAAAAGAAAGAGGAUUCUGACAGCAUAUACAAGUACAUCAAACAGAAGCGGCAAAUGUUCCUCCUCCAGUAUGCCCUGGAUAUGAAGCGGAGCGAGAUCCAGCGGCUGGAGAUGCUGGCAACAAAGGAGGAGGCAGAGCUGGAGCGGGCUGAGAAGUCCCUGGAGAAGGAUUCGACCCUGUUCGAUGAGUUCCUCAGGGAGAAUGACCGCAGCUCAGUGCAGGCCCUGAAAGAGGCAGAGAAGGAGACCAAAGUGAAGAUAGAGAAGAUCACUGAAAUCCGAGAUCUGACCACCCAGAUCAUGAAUAUCAAAAGCGAAAUCUCCAGAUUUGAAGACACUCUGCAACAUUACAAGGUCUGCAAGAAUUUCCUGUACAAGCUGUCGCCCAAGGACUGGUUGGAGGAACAAGAGAAGAAGCACUUGGCUAUCAGACAGGCCAAGGAGGCCGCCAAGGCCAAGGAGAACGCUCAGUUGUCACAAGGUGACAAAGGACCGGGGACCAAGGGCAAGAUGACCUCCAAAGGUAUGUGGCUGCCCCGGCUGGAGGGGCCCCGCCCUGGGUUGGGGCAAAUAGAAACUCCUCCUCUGCUUCCCCCAGAAGUGCAAAGCCCAAGGAAGCCCUGGAAAGUGCUGAAGGUGAUCCAGGUAGGGCAGGUGCUGACCAGCUCCGCCCAUCACGACCAUCAGCCUGGGUCGGACUCCAAAAAGUCCAGCUCUUCUACCUUACCCAAGGAAGAGGACCCAGACAGUGACGGGGAGGGGCUGGAGCUGUACUUCAAGGAGCCCCACCAGCUCCUGGAAGUCUUUACAAACCUGGAGGAGCAGAACCUCUCGCUGAUCCAGAACACACAGGAGAUGGAGGAGGCCCUGGAGGAGCUGAGCUUCACCCUGAAAAAUACCCAGAUCCGCAUGGAUAGGGAGGUCAACCAGCUGAAGCAGUGGAUCACCACACUGAUGAUGUCCAUCACCAAGGAGGAGGAGACAGCUGCUGAGCUGGAGCUCAAAGCCCGAGUCUUCCAUUUCGGCGAGUACAAGGGCGCACAGGAGGACAAACUGCUGGAGAGCCUCAACCGCAAGGUGCAGGACGUGUACCGGCAAUGUGUGGGUCCCCAGCAGGAGUCCAGCCUGGGCACCGUGCAGAUGCUGACCGUCAUCGAACACCAGCUGGACGAGCUGCUCGAGAACCUGGAGCGUGUGCCCCAGAUCAAGAUCGAGCAGGCUGAGAAGGCCAAGGAGAAGGAGCGGCGCCAGAGACUCCGGGAAGAGAAAGCCAGGAUACAGAAGCAGCUGCAAGAGGAGCGUCUCCAACGGGCCCAAGCCCGGGCCCAGGCUGAGAUCAAGAAGAAGAGAGGCAGAAAGCUGGUGUCCCGCUCCGAGCCCCCGGCCCUGAAAACCAAGGAGGAGCCUGAGCAGGAGCUGCUGGACAAGGAGAAGGAGGAGCACCUGUUCUUCUUCACCUAGCCUUCCCGGCGCUGCCAUGGCUGACGGCACAGGGAGGACGGCAGCGGGAAGCGAACAGGGCUGUCAGGGCAGAUGCAGCCCUCGCUGUGCGCCUCAUGGUCUCCUGCUGUAUGUUUCUUUACUCGUGAAAUAAACCCCAUGACUCUUUGGUGUCUAAGGGCUGUUUAAGGAGGUAGAACCUAUCUCCAAAUGCCAGCACUCCUCUUAAUCAUUAACCCUAAGAAAUGCUUGAGGGAAGGAGGCCAUCUCGGCUCCCAUCUAAAACAACUGCUUUAAGAGACAAGCCAAGUCCACGCUGGGGUGCAGUGUGGGGCCAGCCCCAACACAAAGACAAGGAAGGAAAGCAGCAAGCUGGGCAGAUGGGAGGGUUAUUAUUCCUGACUGAAGGAGAAAGUGAUGUCAACACUAUAUACACAAUUCCUUAAAGUAAGUCAAGCGAAGCCUUCAGUAUGUAACUAUACAAAAACUUUUAUUCAUUUGCACUAGGGUUGGGUCCACUGCCAACAGGGGACCUCAGUGCCCAGAAAACUGACAGUCAGUACCAAUCACUUUGUAGUGGACAUUCACUGGGGGACGUGCUGGAGAAAGGUCCAGCAAUACGUCCUCCUUCAGGAGGUCAGUGAGGUAUGGCCACCCUGGCCGACAGGCCUGGCUCCUUGGAGAGGGAGGGGAUUUCUGGAGGACCUGGAGGCUGAGGUGCCACAUGAGCACAGAAAUUGUUUGUGAAGCAGCACAGAGUUCUGUAUGAACCAUUUAUAAAUGGGGCCUAAAUUCCUUCAGCUAGAGAAGCACUGAGCAGGAGGGGAUGGCACCUCAGAAUAGGACAGAGAGGAAUUCCAAUUGAGUGCUAGGUCACCCAAGAGCCCAAGUCCAAACACUCAAGAAACAAAGAAACACAGGAUGGGCAGAGUUUGGAUGAUUCCAACUCUGAGAACCAAAGUAGCAUCUUAAUAAACACACACUUCAAAAGGCAUAAGGCAAACACAGCAUUUCUGAGUGAUCGUGUCCAGUCCACUAACCAAUUAACAAAUAAAUAUGUGCAAGGUUAUCAACUCGUCUCCUUUUGCAAGACAGAAUUAACACUGCAAAAUACGUGGUGACAUGAUAUGCACAUCUUCAACCUCAACAAAAACAUAUACAUGCCAUCAUUACAAUCCUGCACAUAAUUUAUAGUAUUCUGAACAUGACUUUAUAAACCAUCGUCAAAUUAUUAUUAAACAUUAGUACCCAAAUACAGAAUU